UCGCCGACCUGGCCACCCGGCGAGGGGCGCACUCCACCCACACCGUGUGUCGCGCGCGACACGUUACUCCGCGACGCGAGCCAACAAGUCAUCAGGCACCUCCACGAGGUUCGACACCGGCCGGUGUUUCGCGCUCGGAUUCUUUCCGGAUCGUCGUCUCAACGUGUACGUUAUACGCGUCGCGUGCUCUCGCAUUACGCUGGAUUCUGCGUGCGUGAGAUUUUCGUCCUGAUAAUCGAUUCGUCAUAGAUCAAUCGGGAAGUUUUUGUUCGUUUUACAAGAUCGACGAAUUCGAUGAUCGAAUAAGAAAGAUCGAGGAGAUCGACGAAAAGAGUUAUCAGGAGAUUUUGAGCGUGAUAUCGGCAUAUCCGCGAUUAUCGGAGAGAUCUAAGUUGAUUUUAUAGUUAACUUCUGCUGCGCGCAAUCGAGAUGAUGCAGAUGGAACGAGGAGAAUUUUUGGAUCGACAUCACACAGCGAGGGGAAGGAAAGUUAAUGGGUGAUGGGUCCUCCGCGGAUUUCGAGUCUUGCGAAAAAAGAAUCAAAAAUUUAACAGUCAGAAUUUGACAGAUUGAAGAGCAAGCGGAUCUGAAUCGGUGAGACGAGACGAGAGUCGAGAGAGAAAACAAUCGGGCAGUGGCCGGGAUGUCAAUGAACUCGCGUGCUCGUGAGGGAAGAACAUUAAAAAGAUCAAGUGUAUAAAGAUCGAAGGAAUAAAUGGUCAGGAAUUUCUUAGACUGUUUUUCACAAGAUCGAAAUGACAAGCAGGCUAUCGUGGAAUAAUAAUAGCCGGUUUCAAUGAUCAAUGUUUGCAAAUAAUUUGCUGUAAAGGAAAGCAAAAAUAUGAUCGACGAGCAGGUCUUUAUGCGAUGUAAAACGUAUUAGUCGAUAAAAAUAAGAUUGAAAAGAUGUAUUACGUGAGAAGUAAUUACGAGAUUUUUACGCCAUAUUGAUAAAUGAAGCAUAAAGGACCGAUAUCGUCCUCUUACCUGAAGGAGAAUUAUAAUACUUAUGCGAUUGAAGAAGUUGAGAAGAUUUUAAGACUUCACACACAUAAUAAUCGAGGAAUACACAAAGUAACAGUUCAAAUUGAUUUGGAUGCAUCGGAACGAAAGCGUUUCGUAUCGUUAUUCGUUGUAGUAAUUACAUCUACUUGGACGGUAAUUUUGCCAAUAAGAGCGUCACCACCGCAACGUAAAUUAAUUUGUAGCAACGUACACAUACUGUUUCAAUGCGCAGCACUAGCCGUUGACGAUUUCUACAUAUGUAAAGUUAUGAACGACGUCGUCAUGUAGCAUGAUUUUUCGCGGAACGACCUGUUGAUGAAAUAUGGGGUGGUUCUUUCUUGCCAGUAUUUUGCUACUCUCCUUAUGCGCGGCUGGAGCGCCAAUGCCACAGGGCGGUGCUGGAGGUACAGGGACCCACGGUCAGGCCGGUUCAUCGCCGAGCACCCCGAGCCCCGGCGCCGUUGGUUCUAUCGGUGGUGCUACCGGAAGCGGCGGCGGCGGCGCUACCGGCUUUUCCACCGGGGCUGCCGGAGCUGCUUCCUUCGGUCUCGGUGUUACCGGUGGGUCUAUUGGAUCAACCGGUGGUGGAGCCGGCGGUGGUGCCGCCGCGUCCGGAACCGGAUGGUCCAAGGGACCCGCUCGUCGGGGUCGCGGGUGGCGAGAUUGGCGCCGCGGCGAUCCUAUGCUCAUCAAGGGCCUGUGGAAGUCAAAGGGUCCUCUAGACAUUGGGGAUCAUCUCACGCGAAUACGAAUUUUAUCGCACUUCACUUGGCACCAGCGUGACAGGCCACGAGGGAGCUUUAUCAGGGGCCUCAACAAGUGAUAUUUACAAGUCGACAAAUAUCAGGGGACGGCUUGUUACAACCCUUUAAAAAAAUUCACCGGGAGAGCGUUUGUGUAUUCCAUAGCUGGUGAUAGAACAGACAGGCUGUUUAAUAUUCGCGCAGAAGAAUGGCUGGCAGAAUUAUACGCAGAGUGGGAUAUAAAUAUCGAUCAGAGGUGCGAUAAAAAUUGAAAGGACGUGGCAACUGUGGGGAUUUUUUUUUUUUUUUUAACUUUGGAAACAUCGAGUGCACUUCGACAUUUUCCACCCUUAUUUGCUUUUGUCGGAGGGAUGAAUAAUAAAGUAUCUUAGUAUCUUGCUUCCACGAAUAUGCCCAUGCAUUUAAUGCACAUGAUUCAAUUAUUGUAAUUGGAAGUAGACGUGUGCAAAAGUUGUGUUAAUAAAUCUUGCGUUUUGUCAUUCUCCCUAACGUGUCGCUUAUCGUUUUGUCAAAUGCGGUAACGAUUCAUUUAUUACAAAAGAGAUAAACUCAAUUCUGCCUUAGUUAGAUUUUCAAUUUUAAUAUGCGGCGGCAAAGUCAUUUCCAUUUUCCGUGAACAUAUGAUAAAUUCUGAAAGCCCGUCCAUCUCGGGAUAGUCGCGGUUACGCUUUGGAAUAAUAGAACCAUCAUGUAUAUACAAAAUAUCCGGGAGUAUUAUUUAUUAUCCUUGAAUUAUAACUUGUUCUCUUAGUCUCGCUGUAUAUUCACGAUAUGCAACCGAGAAUCUUGA